AUGCCCUUGUCAAGAACGCGUACAGGACCGCAUUUCCCCUUGUUCCGCAGUCUCAGCGCCAGUGCCGCCAACAACAACACCGCCGCCGCCGCCACUGCCACGACCGACUCAACAAUCAUAUCAACAGCGUUGGCCGACGACGAUGACAGCAUUCCCGGCAGGUCUCCAUCCGGGUCAUUGUCAUUUGGCCUUCCUACACUGUCGAGUCUAGCAAACCUGAAUAUCCAUCGUCGAAGUCGCGCGAAAUCCGGUUCGAAGAGAAGGAGUCUGGAUAGUCGAUUCAGAAGAAGCCGGAGCAGAGAGCCUUCCCAGCUGGAAUCUAAUGAACCCACGCCUAUUACUCCUGCUCCCACCUCUGUCACGGCCGUUAGUCGCAAUGCUAACGAGUCCACCCCCGAUUCUGUCGACCCUCUUGAUCCGGCGCCGCCCAAUAAGACGGUUGAUCAGCCCGAUUGCAAGCCUCCAGACGCACCAGCCACACCUCCAUCGACCAUUCCUCUUCCACCGAUCGAACCCACCGGAAGCAGCUCGCGACUUUCUGCUACAGCCACUCUCCCGACUUCAUUGACAGCCUCCAAGCCCAGCGAAAUUGCUGGCCCUGGCCUUGAUCCUACCACCACCUCUUCAGGAAUCUCGACGUCAACCUCUCCCUCGCUUUCGACUACGGCCGACACGCCUAGUCCAGCAACCAUUGCUUCCGACCCUCCCCUUCUCGUCAUCCAACGACCCUCCACCCCGACUGUCCCAACCCUCCCCAGCCUGCCAUGCUCCCGAUAUGAUAGUUCCGAAGCAAUGCAGAGAAAGAUAUGGGUGAAGCGACCCGGCGCCUCCCCUACAAGAGUCGAAGUGGCCGAAGAUGACUUGGUGGACAAUGUCCGCGAUGUCAUCCUGCGCAAAUAUGCCAACUCCCUCGGUCGCAGCAUCGAUGCUCCCGACAUCAUCUUGAAGAUCGUGAGCCGCGAACAAAGUAACAAGGUCGUGACCACCGAGCGAGCCUUGGGGCCUGAAGAACCGAUUGGGGUCACUCUCGAUGCAUACUAUCCGGGCGGACAGAGCGUCGACGAAGCCCUCAUCAUUGAGGUCCCUGCCCGUCGAACACCCCGAGCAUCUCCCCGAUCUGGGAGUGGCCAGAUUUCCUACAUCUACCAAGACCAAUAUCGACCCGACGAUGCCGCUCGAGAAUAUUUCCCUCCCAUGCCACUUCACUCUCCACAUCUUGCGCAAGUCCAACAUAAUGGCGUUCCUCAUGCAAUGUCGGUCUUGACCACGGGUCAGCUGCCGCCUUUGCCCAGCCCAGGAUCGCAUGGACAGAGGAGACACGGAAGACCCAAAUACGGCAGACAACAUACUAGUAGCCCGACCAUCCUACAUACGGUUCAACCGAACGGACAAGUCAUAGUAGAGUCUAAAUCACAGAUGAAUGGCACCGCCCCGUCGGCGCCUCCUCUGCCCACACCACCUGUUGCACAAGGCUCCAGCGACCACGGUCCAUCAUCCAUUACUCCCCCGAAUCGAGUCUCGUCUCCACAUCCGGGACAAAAGUCGAAGAAGAAAAGGAAUGCAUUCGCCGGCCGUGCCAGCAACGGUGAUCCGCCGCCAUCUUCGCAGCCUGCCGCGGCGGCGUUGCUGGAUGGCACGGUUCCACCGAUCAAUGUCCUGAUCGUCGAAGACAACGUCAUCAACUUGAAACUGCUUGAAGCGUUCAUGAAACGGUUAAAAGUGCGCUGGAAGUCGGCCAUGAACGGGAAGGAGGCCGUGGCUAUGUGGAGGACCGGCGGAUUCCAUUUGGUGUUGAUGGAUAUCCAGCUUCCGGUCAUGAACGGACUCGAAGCGACCAAGGAGAUUCGUCGUCUCGAGGCCGUCAAUGGGAUUGGGGUCUUUGGCGGCAGUCCCAUAGACGCGGGUGCGAAGAUGGCCGCGAAGAAUGGGGGUCCAGUUGGAGAAGCGGAUGUGUUGCCCGACCGAAGCUUGUUCAAAAGUCCCGUCAUCAUUGUGGCGUUGACUGCCAGCAGUCUACAAAGCGACAGGCACGAGGCAUUGGCGGCGGGAUGUAACGACUUUUUGACGAAGCCGGUCAACUUUGUCUGGAUGGAGCGCAAAGUCACCGAAUGGGGCUGUAUGCAAGCGCUGAUCGAUUAUGAUGGAUGGAGGAAGUGGAAACAAUAUGCGGCUGAAAAGGCCCUGGACGAUCCGGCUAAGAAGGCAGCCGAGGAAAAAGAAGAAAAGGCCAAAACGAAGGCGGCGUUGAAAGCCAUGUUCUCGCGUCCUCCGCCGACUCUCAAGAAGGACAGUACGGGGUCGUCGACGUCGACGUCCUCGGAAAGGAUUCCCACACUUGUACGCAGCGGGUCGGUCAAGAAGAGUCCGAGUCCAAGCCCGACUGGAGCAGGUUCUCGCAACCCGAAACCCACUCGAAGUACUCCGAGCGGCAGUGGUCCUGGUGCUAGUCCAGGGGGCUUGGAAAGCAUGGCGGAGGAAGACGAAAAGGGAUCAUGA